AUGCCCUGGUUCGAUCCGAAUCGCAGCAUCAUGUUCGGGCCGGACAUCUGCGGGUACGCCACCAAGAAGGUGCACGCGAUCCUCACCAAGAACGGCAAGAACCAUCUGAUCAAGAAGGAGGUGCCCUGCGAGACGGACCAGCUCACGCACGUCUACACCUUGAUCCUCCGGCCCGACGCCACGUACAGCAUCCUCAUCGACAACGUCGAGAAGCAGUCCGGCAGCGUCUACGAUGACUGGGACAUCCUUCCUGCCAAGAAGAAGAGGGAUCCUAAUGCCAAGAAGCCAGAGGACUGGGAGGACGAGGAGUUCCUUCCUGACCCCGAGGACAAGAAGCCAGAGGGGUAUGAUGACAUUCCCAAGGAAAUCACUGAACCUGAUGCAACGAAGCCUGAGGACUGGGAUGAUGAGGAAGAUGGUGAAUGGACAGCUCCAACCAUCCCAAACCCUGAGUACAAGGGACCAUGGAUCCAAAAGAAAAUCAAGAACCCUAAUUUCAAGGGCAAAUGGAAGGCACCUUUGAUCGACAACCCAGAGUACAAGGAUGAUCCUUACAUCUACGCUUUUGACAGCCUGAAGCACAUUGGUAUUGAGCUGUGGCAGGUUAAAUCAGGAACUCUGUUCGACAACAUCCUGAUCACUGAUGACCCCGAGUACGCCAAGAAGUUCGCGGAGGAGACCUGGGGCAAGCACAAGGAUGCUGAGAAGGCUGCCUUUGAUGAGGCCGAGAAGAAGAGGCUUGAGGAGGAAUCCGCAAAUGCUAAGACCGAAGACAAUGAUGAUGCAGCUGAUGAGGAUGAGGGCAAAGCUGCCGGCGCCAGCGAUGAGGAGAACAAGGAUGCCUCCGGCGAUGAGGAAAUUAGCAAGGAUGCUUCUUCUUCUUCCGACAAGAAGGACGAGCUUUAG